AUGGCCAAGCUAGAUCAGGACUUGCGGGAGCUUCUGGGACCUCUGCGCCCGUUCAAGGACCUGGUGGAGGAAGAUAAUGAGUAUUUAAAAGAGGAUGUAGAGGAAGAUGAAGACCCAGUGUUUAUCGAUGCUGAGGAGCUCUGCAGCGGGGGCAUUAAGGCUGGUUGCCUCCCUGAUCGCCUUGGAGUUUCCAUUUAUGAUGAAAAUACCCAAGAAAAAUAUGACGUUUGGGGACGUUUUCCAUUAAUAGGUCCUUGGUGGCGAGUGAGAGUCCGAGUGAAGCUGGUGGGAAAGCACUAUCAGACACAAGGGUUUCCAUCCUACUUUUUACAGUCUGAUAUGUCACCACCAAACCAAUACCAUAUCUGUUCCCUGUUUCUUAAUGAAUGUAAUGUCUCCGAUGAAUUUAAAACUAAGUUUUUUAAAUGGGUAAAUGAGGUGUCAAGCUACAAAAACCUGAACUUUGAAAAUAUUAGAGAAGUAUUAAGAACUUUCCAAAAGGAGAGAGAGAAGAAAAGUAAAAAUAAAUCAGCCCAGAGUGAACAGGAAGAGCCACUCCCAGAUCAUCAGAUGAGUCUUCCACUGGAAAACACAAUUCCAUUUCAAAGUGUCAUGAAAGCUUUGCAGUUUCCGAAAAUCAUGGAAUUCCUCCCAAUUCUUCUGCCUCGAUAUUUUAAACAGCUCAUCAGUGCAGAGUCUACAGCAGUUUUGGAAAAGAUCGAAGAGAUUUUGAAUACUCACCCAUGGAAACUUGGGUUUAAUAAAAUAACCUACAACGAAUUGAAGCUCUUGCGAUGUGAGGCAAAUUGGACAGCCUUCUGUCAGUGCAAGUCUCUUCUUCAGUUGAUGACGGAUCUAGAGAAAAACGCAUUAAUAAUAUAUUCUAAGCUGAAGCAGUUAUGUAGAGAACAGGGGCACACUUGUAUUGAACAAACGGAGUUAACUUCUGAAUUGUCAAACCAAAUGUCUUUUUACGAUGCUUGGCAGUCUCUGAAAUUUCUGAAGGAUUUUGGGGUGGUGACUUAUGAAAAAAAAUUUAUCAUUCCUUGUGACCUUUACUGGGCUGAAAAAGGCAUUGCGUCUUCAAUCUGCCACCUGAUGUCAAAACCUCCUUGGAUUCUGCAGGUAGACGUGAAAAAGGUUCUUGCUUCUCUUCAGGCCUCCAAGCCUGUGAAUUCAGAUAAUGAUGAUGCUUUGGUUGCAAGUGAACCUGAUGAAACAGUGUUAGACAAAUCUGUGCACAUUCUGGACAUGCAGAACCAGCAGGACCAGAAUGAUGACAGAGAACUGACUGCAGACAUCAGUGAAGUUCAGCUGGAUCAGGAUCAGGUGACUGCUUUGGAAAUGAUCUGUGCAAAUGCUGUGACAGUCAUAAGUGGGAAGGGUGGCUGUGGGAAGACCACAAUUGUUAGCCACCUUUUCAAGCAUAUAGAGAAGUUGGAAGAGAGUGAAGUGAAAAAAGCUUGUGAAGAUUUUGAGCAAGACCAUGACGCGUCAGAAGAAUGGCUGACCUUUACCGAGCAGAGCCAAACAGAGUCAGGCAAGGCUAUUGAAGUUUUACUUACAGCACCUACAGGAAAAGCAGCCAGCUUACUGCGACAGAAGACUGGCCUUCAUGCCUACACGCUGUGUCAGGUCAACUAUAGCUUCUAUUUGUGGGAGACAAAUAAGACAACAGAAAACAAGCCCUGGAAAUUUUCUUCAGUGAGAGUGCUGGUUGUGGAUGAAGGGAGUUUGGUAUCUGUAGGCAUCUUCAAAUCAGUCUUAAAUUUAUUGUGUGAACACUCCAGACUUUCCAAGCUUAUUGUCCUUGGUGAUGUUAGACAGUUACCCAGCAUUGAGCCUGGCAAUGUGUUGAAAGAUCUUUUUGAGACUCUUAAAGCAAGAAAUUGUGCUGUUGAGCUAAAGACAAACCACAGAGCAGAAUCUCAGCUAAUUGUGGACAAUGCUACAAGAAUCUCCAGGCGCCAGUUUCCAAAUUUCGAUGUAAAACUGGAUGUAACUGAUUACCUCACUCUACCUAUCUCAAUUCAAGAGAAGUCAUUUAUUUUUGUCCGACUUCCAGAGGAGGAUGCUGGCUCUCAGAGUUCUCAGUCAGCAAAAAAUAAUCAUCACUCCUAUUUAUAUUCUGUGGUGGAAGCUUUACUCAAUGAAGAGGACCUAAAAAAUCAAAAAACAUCACAAUUUAUUGCAUUUAGAAGACAGGACUGUGAUCUGAUCAACCACUGCUGUGCCAGGCACUACACGGGACACUUAAACACAGACCAUCAGAAUAGACUUGUCUUUGGAAUUGGUGACAAAAUUUGUUGUACCCGGAACGCAUAUCUCUCUGAUUUACUCCCUGAAAGUGAAAACUUUGAUGACUCUCCUCAGAAUUUUGCUAAAAAAAAAAAUAAGCGUAACUACAAAAAUGAUAUUCGACUGUGCAAUGGAGAAAUAUUUUUCAUAACAGGAGAUAAAACUGAUGUAACUUUCAGGAAGAAAAGAUAUUUGACUAUUGAUAACAAUGCUGGCUUGGAAGUAACUGUGGAUUUUGUAAAACUAAUGCAGUUGUGCCGCAUAAAACAUGCCUGGGCAAGAACUAUCCAUACAUUCCAGGGUUCCGAGGAGCAGACAGUCGUGUACGUGGUUGGGAAGGCGGGUCGCCAGCACUGGCAGCACGUUUACACUGCGGUGACCAGGGGCCGUUCUAAAGUGUACGUCAUUGCCGAAGAAUCUCAGCUCCAGAGUGCAAUUAAAAGAAGCAGCAUUCCCAGAAAAACACGUUUAAAAUACUUUUUGCAAAAUAAUCUGCUGUCCAUGAACUGUGUACCUCCAGUCGAACGUCCAUCCUCAUCCAAAAGCUCUGGAGAAGCUAGAAAGGCUGGCACGCAGCUCUCCGCAUCUCUACUGCCUUCAUCUGGGAAUGACACUGGGACAGACGAUGUCUCCUGGAGCAAAGCUUCUACACUUAAUGGCUGGACAUCAACUUCUGCUGAAAGGUGGCGCCUCCCUUCCUCUGUUGAGGCGUUUCCAGAUGAAAGUCCGUCCAAAGUACAAGGGAUCAAAAGAGCCUGUGGUGGGAAUGUUAAGGAAAGCCCAAGCAAAGUUUUUAUGGUGGAAGAAUCGUCUCCACAAGUAUCUUCCAGACUUGAGAAUUUGAGACUGAAUAGUUUAGUCCCCAGGCAACUUUUCAAACCUGCUGAUAAUCAAGGAACUUAA